UUUGAUGAGGUUUUGCUGCUGUAUUGACAAAAAUACUCCUGCCUCUCUUGACCUACCAUUUUGUACCAACAAGGACAGAAGAACAACGAUUCACAGGUCACUGGCAAAGCACUUUGGUUCGUUUCUCGAGAGUAAAACAUUUGCAUAUGACAAACAGCAUCCCAAUAAAAAGUCUUGUAUUCAGAUAAGAACACGACCGAAAAAAGGAUCAAGAAAAGAAGGGUUUGAUGUAAAAAAGCCUUUGAAAGACUCCAGGGAAAAAGAUGCAAUGUACACUAGAUUUGUGUUGAAAAAAGAAAACAUGGAAACACUAGAAGCCAUAGAACGAUUAUCAAGGGCUCUUGGAACUCACCCAUCUUYUUUUAGUUUUGCUGGAAUAAAAGAUAAAAAGGCAGUUACUCUACAAAAUGUUGCUGUCAAAGGAAUUACACCUGAACAGCUUUCUCUGGCGAAUACCAACGCAUCUUUACCAAACAUAGCGGUAGGAAACUACAGAAGGGAAAAGAAAGCAAUGGAAAAAGGACAACACAGUGGUAACGCCUUCCGAAUCGUUAUACGAGAUGUACACUUGAAUCCACAUGAAGGAACGGACAUUAGAUGUAAAGAUACUGUCAACGCAAAUGUCAAAGAAGCUGUGGAGAAUGUCAAGACACAUGGCUUCAUUAAUUAUUUUGGUCGACAAAGGUUUGGACAAGAUGGCAGCACGAGGUCAGACGAGAUCGGUCUUGCUAUGCUACAAGGUGACAUGGUUAAAGCAGUAAAGCUUCUUCUCAGACCAAGUACCAACAAUGAUGAUACAAAUGAUGCCAAAAGGUAUUUCCAGGAAACUGGUGAUAUUCCAGGAACGCUGUCCAGGAUGCCACCAGACAGAACACGWGAGUGCUUGAUACUCAAGUCACUUCACCGACACGGACAAGAUCUCGAUGGUUGUACUAAGGCCUUCUUCRACAUACCCUACUCUAUGCGCCUACUGUAYGCCCAUAGCUAUGUAAGUCUUCUAUGGAACAAGAUGGCGUCCUAYAGRCUGAAGGAAUACGGUGWGUUGGACAUCGUAGAGGGAGAUCUUGUGCAUGACUCYUCAUYUAGCAGCUUUAAUACCUCGCARUSUGYUGGCAUAGGAACUGAUGAUACACCUCCAGCCGAAGAGGRCAGACGAGUUAACACGGAUAYAYAUUCCAUAAGAACUGCGCCUUUUGACAAAAGAAACAAAAACAUACAGACGAGCGAAGACACUGAAAAGAUCCACACUGAUGAUAAAAGUGGUAGAAAGUACAACAUCACCACAAGUAUCGAUAAGUCACACAUCAAAGUUGUCUCGGAGGAAGAUGUUCGUGCCGCCAAAUAUACCAUACGAGAUCUCGUUCUCCCUAUACCGGGUUACAAUGUCAUCUAUCCCACUAAUCGACUCAAAGACAGAUAUCAAGAAGCACUUGAAAGGGAUAGUCUGACCAGCAAGAGUUUCAGAAUCAAAAGCUUGGGUAUGACAUUGCCUGGCGCAUAUCGAAAGGUAAUUGCUGUUCCAAAGGACCUUGAAUACAMCUGGAUUGACGACAAUACGACUUCUGCUCAUGGCGCUAAACAAUSGGUGGGAGUUUCUCCAGGAAACUCGUAUCCUCUAAAAAUAAAUCAAACUCAAAUAUGUAGCUUAUCUGUUAAAUAUCAUGAGAACUCCGACAAAACUGAAUUGCGUGGGAAAACGACGACCAAAAGUGAAAGAGAUGGUACGAGUGUGUCAAAUGUGAACGAGAUUGACGAUGCUGGACUACUUGAGCCKUGCAGGAAGCGCUUAAAGCGUAGUGAUGAAAGAACUAUGAACUGCGUUGAAAAUAACAUGGAAAUAUCAUUCAAAUCGCAGCCAUCGUGUUACGCUACUGUUUGCUUGCGUGAAUUAAUGAAAUCCUAGCUUUACUUUUGUCUUCGUUCAUUUUCAUAAAGUAUUUUACGAAGUUUAAUGGUUUUGUUUUCUUUACGAUAGUUCACUUACAAACACUGAACUCUUUGAAGGAAAAUCCUUUCAAAAUACUUACAAUUUUAACAUUUUGGUUUUAAAUCAGUGAAAAAACCUAUAGUAAGAUAUCUUGAACCAUGCUUUUAAAUAGAAACUAGAUUUUUCCGGAAACAUGCCAAUUGAUGGGUUGUAAGCAUUCCCAAGAGAGUUAAAAGACAAAAGCAUGGCGGUCGUUAACAAUGGAUGCAAAUAAGAAAUCUUUUGCCCGAGAGGCCACGAUGACGGAACGUGCAAUCGAAGAAUUUGUAUAUAUUGUCUUUUUGAUGGACAGAAUAGAAUGUUGAGUUGUGUAAAA